CAAAUUGUUUUCUAAUUCAUUCAAGAAUUUAUAUAAUUGUCGUAAUUAGAUUUUCACCAAAUUUGUGUGCGUUAUUAGAAAUACUAAUUUUCGCUAAAAAUCUCUCAAAUUUAUGUACAUAAAUUCCGCAUUUUGUGUUUAUUCUAUUGAAAAUUUGAAUUUUCAUUGUUAAAUAAAUUUUUUUGUAAAAAUAAAUUAUAUUCAAUUCCGUGCAAUAUGUUCUCCGGUGGAAAACGUGCGACACGUUUGGAAGCAGAGACGACAAGACGCAAUCAGCAAAUUAUCGAAAACUUCGUGAAGAAUGAAGAUGUGCCUUGUUGGUAUCGGGGUUUAUCAUCCUUUCAAAUAGAGGCCGCACGGAAAUUGCAUUAUGCAAUACGCGAUGACCUUGAACAGGGCACAACAGAUCGUGUGUUGAACUUAUUAAAUCGUAUCGGCCUGCGACCGAGCAUAAGUAAUGGUAAUAUCCGUUUUCUAAUGUUCAUGAGUGGCGGCAAUGAUUUGGCAUUUUUGUGGUUCAUCAAAGAGUUGUUCUACAAAUCCGAUGGACCAGAUUGCAAUCUCAAUGAACAGCUAAUUUUAUCCAGCAUUGCUCAUUUAGAUAUAUUAUUCACGUUGCGCGGCUUAGAUAGCAUACUGCCGCCGGAACAGCCAACGAAGGAGGAAAUACGACGCAUUGCCAGGAAGAAGAUCGCCAGUCAAAAGCUGAAAUUUCUAAAUGAAAUCGAAACUGAAAAGCAUACCAUCAAUAGCAUGCGCAUUAAGUAUAAACUGCCAUAUUUUGAUGAGUUGGUACGGCCGCGCCUCUACGAACAUCAGUUAACUGCAUAUCCGCCCACCUAUCGUACCAAAUUGAUUUAUAAAGAUGUACUUAGGGACGCCAAUUUCGUUAUACCGAAUGAGAGUAAUCGUUGGUUUGCCGAUUAUCAAUUGCAUCCCGGCAAAAAGACGGGCGUGCAAAUGCUAACCGAUAAAAUGCAGGAAAUAUUCAAAACUAAAUUACCGAAACAAUCGAUGUUGCUUAAUAAAGUAUUCAACCAGCAUUUGUUUAAUACGUUAAAUACUUCCGGAUAUUUUCACGAAGAUAUGCAGAAAAAGAUCUUAUGUUUGCAUCAUCAAGCCUUGGAAGAAAUGGAGAAAAAUCUCGAGAAUGAGUUACGUUGGCGAGCACAAGAGAAAUGCUUGAGAUAUUUUGAUCCUGAAACACCGAAGCGGGAGGAACGCAUUGAACGCAUCCGCAGACAGAUUGAGGCGGACGUCAAAGAGCAUAUGAUACACUUUAAAGAAUUAGCAAAUCGCACGCGCAGUCACAUGAAGAUUAUAUCGCAAGAUGAGAUACGAGUUUUGGACUCAAAGGACUUUUUUGCCACGGACCGUUGUUGUGGUGGAUUCCAAAGAGGAUGGACCAAACUGACUUGUCACAGCGAAUCUUGUCUGACACAGAGAGAUAACAGCUGUGAAGACGGGUAUAAACCAACAACUACGAAGAGUCAUAACCUUCUUGCAAGCUCCUCGGAAACGGGUAACAAUUGGGGAGGAGAAAUUAUUGGCGAUUGUUUGACUGUGUCGACGCAGGCAAAAGCGAAAUGUUGUAAGGAAUGCAAAGCGAAUCCAGCUAAACAUAAACAGAAGCCUACAAAUGCAACGAAAUACCAACGUGUACGCGAUAUUUUACACAAGAUGCCGUGCGAUUGUGGUUACAAAUAUGUGAAAAACUACGAUUAUGGACAUUCCGAGCAGGCAAAGGACGUAACGGAAUCAUAUUUCAGGGCACCCGAUGAGAAUCGCCCAUAUACGUUUGACUAUCCGAAAGUAUACGAAUCGAAGGAGCGUGAAAGUACGCGCUUAAAUGUGCAGAAGGCAUUUCUAAAAGUUAUAAAUAGUGAUUUAAAUUUGGAAAAGAAUGAUCCGAAUACGCCCAAAAAUCUAGAUGAUGCUGUAAAAGCGUACGCGAAGAAAGCGUUCAAAGAGGGCGUGACAGCUAAAAAUAUCGAAUUGGCUGCAGAGGAAGAGAGGGAGAAACAGCGACGCAGAUAUCCAUUUUUGGAAGUUGAAAUGGAUUACUACGACCCGGAUGAUAGGAAAUUAAUGCAGAGCAUGCUGAAGAAUGCGCUCGAUUACUUGGCGCAAAAUCCCAAAUAUGUCUUAGCCUCAAUGCCGGAUGCACACAAAAUGCCGUCGUUACUUGCGUGGAUGGAAACGCGCUAUGGUAAAACGUAUACGAAUGCGCAAUUGACCAAAUUACACAUCAGAACACGUCCAACAUUCCGCGCAUUGAAACAGAUGACCGCCGACGUGCUGAUGCCGUCAGCCAAAAAACUCGGUAAUGCCAUAUUUGUUAAUUACAAUUGCCGAGAUUAUCUCAUGAAAAAGACCGAACUGAUGCGUAAUGAAUAUUACCGCAGACUGAAUGCAUCGAUUAUGGAUCAAUCACGUACCUUCUAUUUGGCCAUUAAACCGCAUAUUUGCAAACAUCCCAGAGACACUUUCUUCGCCUACAUGCCGUCACGGGAAGCGGAUAUACAACACUUCCGUAUUUGGCGUAGCCACGAGCACAUGCCCGCCAAGGAUGAGUUCUUCAAACGGAAAUGUCGUGCCAUGAAGUUGGCCAAUCGUUUCUACUGAGUCUUCAUGUGGACAUAUCAAGUUUUUGUUCACUUUAUAGUGCUGUAAGCGUUAACUAUGUUUAGACCUAAUUUUUCUAGGUACAACAUUUAGCAGAAAAACCAAAUUUUUUAACGCAGUGGUGUGUAGAAAAUUUUCAAAAAAUUUUAUUAACAAAUUGAUAUUAAUUUUGUUGUAAAAUUGUUUGAAAAUACUUCAAAUUUACAUCACAAGCCUAUAAAUUUAUAUAAUGUUAAAUUAACACAAAGCUAUUACGAAAAAUAAAACAAAAUUGUAUUUUCUA